GCAUGGGAAUGUGGCUUGCUGUGGCAGUGAGGAUGUGCCUUCUCCUUGCAGACGAUGUCAAGAUUGAGCGGCUGAACUACCGGCAGCUCUCGCGAGCCACCGGCAUCUCGCUGCACGUGGUGCAGCGCUGCGUGCGAGAGACCGUCCUCUUGUACUGUCACCUCCUGAGGAACAAGGCGCACGUCUCAUUCGCCUUCAAGAACAUCGGCGUUAUGACGUACGAGGACGACUUCCUCUGCAUGAGGUUCUUGUCCAGCUGCAUUACAACGCUGGAGAGCAAUGCCAGCCUGACUGCACUGCUCCACACUAGAAUUUGGCCGGCCCGUUCUGCUGACUUCGGGUCAGAGACUACCGCUCAUGGAAUCCAGGUGUUGCCGAGGUUUCAGCUCGCUGUGAAAAAGAGCAGAGCAGAGGCCGCCGCAGAAAGGAACGCUGCAGUGGCGCGGAAGAUGAGUAGAGGGGGCACUGCCGGCAGGCUGCUACAGAAGCGGAAGACACUUCCCCCCUCCAUGCUGCUGCAAUACCAGGCAGGCUCAAGGCAGCAAGAUGUGGCAAAGAAGCCUUCUGCCAGCGUGCUCCCGCCGUGUGCAGGCAGCUCCCACGGGAGAAAGCAAGCAGGACAGAAGGAACCAUCUACUCCUGCCCAGACCAGCACUGCACUCCCUGCGACAGAGGACUCUAAGAGAGUGCUGCAGGAGCUCCGGGAAGUGUCUGCCCUGUGGAAUGAAGCAGACCGCACGUGGCCCGUGUACCAGCAGCAGGUAGAGCAAACGCGGGCAGAAAGAGCGGCAUGGGAAGGCUGGAGUGCAGGGGAGGACCAGCCUCCACUGCAGCGGUUUGCCAGUGCGAGCGUGUGGGCUCCGCGUCCUCCAGCCCAGCCCCGGGGACAGCAAGUGAGGAGGAGGUGGAGGAAGGAUGUGGAUCCUCCGCCGGGAAGUAAAAUGGGAACAGCGACCAAGCUGGCACUGCAUGCCGACCUCCUCUCCCCGCGAGCAGCUCAGGUGCUCCAAAGGUUGGAGCCCCACCUCCAUCAGCAAGAGGCUUUUGCUGACACCGCGGAAAGAAACCGGCAGAAGCUGGAGCUGAAGCGGCAGCUCCCCUGUGCUCGAUGCUCGUACCGCUCCAGAGGGGAAGGUGCUGGCAACAGUGCUGGAGCUGUCGGCAAGGGGGCUGGGAAGCUGUCCGGAUUUCCACCUGUGAAUGGCAAAUCGUAGAAUCAAAGACUUGUAGAAUGGCCUGGGUUGAAAAGGACC